AUGCCUUUUCCUCACCGCACCUGGCUCUCACCCAGCUCAACGGUCAACAACAACAACAACAACAACAACUGGAUACCACAAGCCUCUCGCCUUCUUCAAACAGUUUAUAUCAUCUCUCCUUCUGACAUCUCCGACAUGUUCUUCACUCGCAUUCUCAUCGUCGCUUUUGCCCUCGCCCUGUCGGCGUUCACGGUCUCAGCAGCACCGACUGGAAUUAGGAGCAUCAUCCGACCCCAUCAUGAAGCCAUCCACAUCCUAAACAAACAUCACAUGCCACGCUCUGUGGACGGAGCGGCCAUUGGUGGUGUCGCACAGGUUGUCAACGUCGCUCAAGGUUCGGAGGCUCUCGUUGACACCGGCGCGGACGUCCCUGUCUUGUCGGAAGUUCCGGUUAUCCGUGAAGCUACGCACAAAUUCGAAUGGGCCCCUCAGCAGGCCAUUGUUCCGAAGCCUCCGGCAGUUGCUGAGCAAGGAGUGUUCUCUGAGAUCGUCAGGAUCUUCCUCAACCCCUCGUCGCCGACUGCAUCUGGCCAAACGCAUGGCAAGAGACGCCGUGUUGCCCGACGCAGGCAUCCUGCACGGUCAUGGCGUAUUCGCAACGCCUUCGAGGUGAAAGGUUUGGAGGCGGAGACCAAGGCUCCCGCGCUCGCCAUUGCUAGAUGGCCUUUCACUCCAGUUUAA